AACAUCUUUCCGGUGCUUAUCUUGUCUGGUACUCUCUUAUCUACUCUACCGGCGCUAUGGCUUUAACGGGACGGGCGGUGACGUUAUUUGGACGGGGACACGCAGCAGACAGAGCAGCCUACUGCAGCUGGACCGACUCCUGCCCGGGACCAGAACAACACCGGCCUACAGACUACCACACUAUUAUCACCGUAAACCUGAGAGUUCAGGUUCAUAAUCCGCCAUGAGAGACUACUCAGCGACUCCGAGCCACGGAGGCGCCUGUAUGCCGUGCUGCCAAGUUUGCGUCUUCGCCUUUACCGCAUUUCUCAUCGUUGCAGAGAGGACGGCGCUGAUCUAUUGCUUUGUGUACUAUCUGUGGGUGGGUCACAACUACUGCUAUGCCCAUCUUGCUGGCUUCACUGCACUGUUCCUGCUGCCAGGUUGGGGGCCUCAGUGGCUCAGUUAUCUGUGGUACCUGUCAGAUGGACGCAUCCGCAGGAAGUCUCUCACUUGGACACACAUACUGCAUCUGGGUAUCUUCAAAAGACUGUGGGAGUGCAUGUGUCUGCAAGACGAGGAUGUGUAUGGUGAGAUCAUGCAGCAGGCUGAUGCAUCUGCUUUACGUCUGUUUGAGGCCUUGGUGGUCACGCUCCCUCAGACACUCCUGCAGACCUAUGUGCUCAUCUGCACUGAUAUAGGAAUCAAAUCUCCAGCCUCGGUGUGUUUUGUGGUGUGUUUGUUAUCUCUGGCCUGGGCCUUAGUCCUCUACGCCAGAGCCUGUUCACUCAUCAGACCAGGACACCUACAAAUGACCCCCGCUGCCAUUCUCUGUCGACUUCUGUGGAGGGUCAGUAUGUUGGGAUCCCGAUUUGCCAUUCUCAUGCUCUUUACACGUAUCUUCAAACAAUGGAUCCUGGGAGUCAUUGGCGUGCACUGGCUGGGUGCAACUUUCUGGAUGGUGUCUCAGCAGACCGACAUCAUACGUUCAACUAGUCGAUGGAGACUCUUCAACCUUGUUCUGGGAGCUAUUCACAUCUUCCUUUUCCUCAAUGUGAAGUUCGGUCAAUCCAGAUACCGCAUGGCUGGGUUCUACCUGGCCAUAUUCUUAGAGAACGCUUUUCUUCUUCUGGCCUCUUCAUGGUUGUUUAGCAUGGUGUCCUGGGAUACUGUGGGAAUCCCAGCUGCAGUUUUCUGUAGCUUCCUCAUUGGAGUGAUAGCGUUAGUGCUGUACUAUCGUUUCCUCCACCCUAAGUCCUUCGAGAUUUUCCAGAGUAUUCGCCACAGGGGGAUAGGUGGACCCUGCACGGAACGUGGAUCUACACUGUCAUUGGAGGAGAAAGUCACACCCACUUUCCAUCGCCAUGCAACACUGUCCGGAGGUGGGACCCUAAUGGAUCUCCCUAUCCAAUGGGAGGGCUGGAAACAUCACCACUGGCUGCUGAUUCGCUUGGCCAUGAAGACGGGAGAUGUCACUAGGAUCUGGUCGUCGUAUGGCGAGGGAGGGCUGGCCGGACUGAUGGGUCUGUCUGAAGAAGUUCACUUCCCUGAUGAACCUCAUGUCCCUCGGGUUCCACUUGUUCAGCCUCAGAUUUCUCAACCAGCUCCACCACAGGUGACCCAGGCUCCACAGGUGAGAGAGGUGGUCCAGCCACCAAAGCCAGCUCCCUCCAGUGUAAUAGCCCGACCAGUGAGAAAAGCUCCACCCACAACAAUCCAGGAUAUGAAAAGGUUUCCAGAGAUCAUCCCGGUCCAAGAGGUCAUUUUUGAAGAGACUGCAGAAGAAGAGUCCAGCGCUCCACCAUCAGAAAAAGGUGAUGAGGAGUUUCAGAGUGCUGCUUACGGCUCACCAACACCUUCAUCUCCGUGGCAACCAGGCAGCCUCGGCCACAUCGACAGCAACACUGCGUCCCUGACCGAAGCCUCGUCCUCCGUAGGUUCCCUGGACAUCAAGACUCCCGGUUGGUCACCUGAGCGACGCUCCCCUCUCCUGAUUAGUUCCCCGGAGAAAAAACCAUCGCUCCCUGGAGAGUCCAGCACCACGCUGUACUUCAGCGCGGAUGCACAGUCUCCCUCCAGUGGGAGCUAUCUUGGCUGGGGCUCCGAGUUGUCGCCCAUCUCUACCUACAGAAGUCCCUACCGGAUCAGGGAGGCUCGUUUUAUCACAUCCACCCCACGCCUGGAACCUCGAGCUGAAAGUCCGUCCCCUGUUAUUGUCAUCCCUGCUACUCCUGGUACAACACCAGGCCCCACCCCAGGUGGAACCCCUAGUGCGUCGACCCCUACUGCAUCAACACCUGGAGCUUCAACACCUGCUGCUUCAACUCCUGGAGCUUCAACACCUGCUGCUUCAACUCCUGGAGCUUCAACACCUGCUGCUUCAACUCCUGGAGCUUCAACACCUGUUGCUUCAACUCCUGGUGCUACCACACCCUCUACUGCAAUCAUUCCACUCACUCCAGUCAUCUCCCACGCUCGCAAACAGAUGGUCCAGUUUGUGGGCAGUAGAGAGAGAAUGGUGUAAGUAGGAUGGGGGGUAAAGGGGAAUAACAACUGGGUGGGCAGUGAUGAAUUUUUUAGUUUAGCAGUUAAGGAUAUACAAAUUCAUGCAUUAACUAACUUGGGGAAGGCUUGGUGGGGAGUUAAGAGUCCUUUUUAGCUUAGUUCAUUUGAAUCAGUCAUGGAAGGAUAUACAGUAAUUAGUAUUUAUGUGUUUCCCCUGACAUGCAGAUACAACUGUUUGCAGAACAUUAGGAUGCAUAGAUAGCACACUUGCCAACCGCGGGGACAUUGGCUCAAUUCUUACAGUAAUAGUGGUUCCUCUGGCCAUGCUGUACGUUCUAAUUAAUGCAUUUAGCAGUGUUUAUGGGAGGGAAGUCAGUGAUGGGCCAGGCCCUUGUUGCUGCACUAGCAACUCCUGGUUGGUUGGAGUGCCUGCAGGGAGGAGGGUGGGAUAGUAUGAACCUCAUCGCAUGCUACUGUGAAAAGGGCAAAAGGGAAGCAUCUGGCAAAUUCAUGUGUUUAAGGCGAGGAACAUGGUUCUCUGCUUCCUACCGAUGAGUUAUUUUUUCAGUUCUUUAAAACCAUUUGAUGAAAAAAAUUCACUAUACAACAUAGAUCACUAUUUACAGAAGUUUGCAUCUGUGUUACUCAUCAAAAGAAAACACAGAUACAAAUUCACAGGUGCUAAUGAAUGUGAGGCAUCACUUUCAUUUAUUUAGAUGGUAAUUUUUUAAUCAUUGGAAACAAACCACAAAAAAACAAAUGCAGUUAAGGCUUAUUCAGGCAGUGGAGUCAGCUGGGAUUACCUCUGGUGAAAUUUAGGAGUAAACUAAUUGUUAAAGUAAUCACAAUUAUUAUGAUGCUAUUGCGAUUAUGAGCUGUGAUGAAAUUAUAAAGCAAUCAUGUGAAUCAAGGCAAACCUACUUAAAUGGAAGUUGGAUCUUAUUGAAAAAAUAAAUUAAACUAGUUUACAAACACCAAUCAUGCUGAAUCUCUUGUAGCGCCACUCGCCAAUGCUAGUCAGUUUUUUUUUUACAUUGGGGAGUCUGAUACAAUGAAACCAAUGAUGCGUUAUGAAAUAUAUCAAUAAUGCAGACUUUAUGCAAAUCCAAGCAAACUUUCAAAGGUGUUAUUAUGCUUGCAAAUGCUUCUUAUUCUUUUUUACAAAACCUAUAGAUGAUGUUGAACAACCCGUCCAGUUUUCACAGUGUCAUUUACUCACUGUGUGUACAGUACAUUAAAUUACACACAUUACUGACACAUACAAAGAAACAUAACUCCUUUUACAAUCAGUAAAAUAAUCAAAUCUGCAUUGAUGUCUUUAUGUUCUUGAAAUUAUCAGAUAAACAAUUGACAAAAGGCAAAGGUUUGAGGGAAAAUCAUUUUAUAAAUUAUAUGCUCUGCUUUCCUUUGCUAAUUGUAACUGCAAUAAUUUCAGUCUGCACUUUACAACAGAAAAGGUACAGCUAAAGUAGCAUGAUAUUCUAGACUACACUAAGAAAAUACGUCAAAGGGAAAUUAAGCAGUAUAGAAUAUUAAAGGACUAUUAGAUGAUGUUUCUAUUGUUACAUGCAUUUAAUUUUUGAAUUUGUUUAUGUCUUGUUUGUCUAUUUUAAUGAUCAUAUAUUUGAUAUCAAAACAAAUCUUUUAUGUGUUUGUUAUGACUUUGUUUAUGACCUGCAGAAAUGCUUUAAAUAUCUAAAUAAAUACACAAGUAAACAAACAAUGUUUACAUAAUUUAGACAAUUCCCCCAACUGGCCAUUUCAAAGAAAUUAAACUGGUCAUUUUAGUGACAAAGAAAAUAAAGUACAACACACACACACGCACACACACACACACACACACACACACACACACACACACACACACACACACACACACACACACACACACACACAAUUUCUGCAGGACAAAAUGAAUAAGUGUGUGUUCUAACAGAGAGGAGGUAACUCUUACGAACACCCCUGACAAUCACAUUGUGUUUUGAAUUGAAUGAAAGAAGGGAAGUGUACGAAUGAUGAAAAGAUACAAUGUAUGAUAAAUGAUAAUGAACUGCGGUAGCAUCAGUUCUGUGUACUGUUGCUAUGGCAACAUACAUGUAUGUGCUGGGAUGGUAGUUCACUACUCUUAUCUACUCUACUUUUCUUUGACUAGCAUUACAUUUAUAAGCUUGUGCCCCAAAUUCCUGUGCUCCCAAAGUGAUUUUAAUUUCCUGAGGGAUUUAUUCUUCUUCACCGCCUACAUAUUGAUUGGUAAAACGUUUUACUGCAUUUUUGCUACUCUAAUUAUGAGCAUUAUUUUGGAUUGUUGGCAUCCAUUUACUCACGAUGGUUUUAUUGAAGAGCACACAGAAAGUAAGCUGUUGUUGGCACAUGUAGAAACUGUACUUUUACUUCCUGAAGAGCAAAAUGUUGUUUGAUAAAAAAAAUCAGUUUUGUAUUAAACAAGAAACAACUUCCUCAGAUGCAGACAAUCCAUCUCAGCUAUAACGUAUUCUCUUUUGAAGCCCACUAUACUCACAAAUAUGCAUUGUCCUUCCGCCUAUCCUUCAGUUGAACCUCCUACCUCAGUAAAACUGAAUUUCCAAGUGACAAAAUGGAUUUUAUUAUCUUUUUUUUGUCGCAAUGACAUGUAUUGCUCACUGUAUGACUGAACAUACCUUUGUUUAACGGUAUAAAUCAUUUUUGAUAAUGUAGCUACCAGGAGGGAAACAAGGCAUAGAAAUGUUGCAUAAAGGUAAAUCCUGGGUAUAAUGUGCUGCUAUGAGAUUCAAGUUUGUCCAAUGCCAGUAUUAUACAAUGUUAUGAAUAUUAUUUAUUUCAAUUUGUGAAGUGUGAUCAGUCUUCCAUGUAUAUUUGCCUUCUAUUUUUCAGUUUUUCUUUUACUAUGCUAUAUUACUGUAUUUUACUUUCUUUCUUUCUAAACAUAUAAUAACUAUAAAGUAAGCUCUAUAUAUGUACUGAGCAGAUACAUGGUUGGUGAUGAAACAUUGGCAGCACUUUGAGAAUAUAAUUUGGGGUUUAUGGAACAAAGUACAGAGAAAAACAUGCUUUAUCAACUAUAAUCCAUAUACCUGCUGAUAUAUAAAGGAGUCACUGCAUGUUACGUGUUCAUCCAGGGAAUUGUAUCUAUUCCUUUAGAGAAAUAAAGCACUCACUGUAACUACACACACACACACACACACACACACACACACACACACAACCACACAUUACAGUAGUUAUCACAUGCUAGAAUGUAUGUGUAUGCAAGAGCAAUAAGCUAGCUAAUGAAAUGUAUCUUAGUGCACUAAUUAAAAAAAUAUCUACCCACACGCUUUAGACUGCAACAAUGCCUUGGCUUGAUCAUCAUGAAUCAGCGCUUUGCCUUGUAGAGAGACAGCUUUCGCUGCCAUGCUUGUCUUAAAGUUUUGUAUUGCUUUAUACUACAAUAAUAUGCUUUGCUUUGUGUGCCUGAUGUGUUUGAUAAUCUUUGCUUGGUUUCUAAUUUGUCUCAUUUUGUAUUUUUUUUAAUUUCCUUCUUUUAUAUUCGGUCAUAUUUACUUUUAUGAAAUGUUUUACAGCCACGGUGCAGUAUUUCAAGGUUUUGUGCUGAAGUUUCACAUGUGAAAUUGUUUAGAGACAGUAUUGUUUCCAUUGACAGACUGAAAUGAGUUUACUGAUUGAGUGUAACGUCACUUAGUCACUAGACAGCCUCCAUUUACCAACAUGCAUCACCUCAUCUCGUCAAGGAUUUCCAUAGAGCAGCUGUGGUCAUUGGUAAUGAGUCAUUAACUGUGCUAUGUUGAUGUGACAAAAUAAAGUCAUUAGUCAUGAUCAAA